AACAAAACGGAAGCGAGAAAUUCGAUGCUAACGUACUUUCAAAUUUAACAGACCUCAAUUGUGUUAUUAAAGAAGGUCUUCGAAAAUAUCCAACAAUGGGCUGGCUCGACAGAGUAGCCGCGAAAGACUACAGCAUAGAUGAUAAGUUAACUAUAGAGGCUGGUACGGUUGUGUUUAUCAACAGUAUUGGAAUGCAUCAUGACCCUGAAUACUUCCCUGAACCUCACAAGUUUGAUCCGGACAGAUUUUUACCAGAAAACAGAUCUAAGAUCGAGCCAUACUCAUACCUACCGUUUGGAGAGGGUCCAAGAGGCUGCAUUGGCAAGAGAUUUGCUUAUAUGACGAUACAAUUCGGUCUGACGUCGGUGUUACUUAAUUACAAGAUCAAAUCUUGUCCGAACAUGCCUAAGCCUGCAGAUAUUAAGAUGGAUAACUGUGGACUGUUGUUACUGCCAGGAGAAACGCUGAACGUCGAAUUUAUUCCAAGAAAAUAACACAAUCUGUAUAAUUGUAGCAUUCAAUUAAAUAUGUAAUUAAUACAAA